CCGGCGCCGUGGGUUCAGUUCGCACGUUUUCCCAGUCUGUCGUCUAUGGCGGUUCGCGGUCUCAGAACAGAUCCUGAGUGUUGCGAAAAAAGUGCUAACGACAGAGGAGAUGUCUGGUGUUGUUAUUCUUUGGAAUUUCACUCUGAAAUUCGCGUUUUGAAUUCGAUUUCGGUUUGGCACGUUGGAGGUUCCGACUUGGAGGGAUAUUGAGUACAAAACUACGUCAUGAGGGAAUGAUGUGGCACCGGAGCAAAGAUGAAGAGCUUGUUUGGGAUAUUAUGGAUAGUCUUGGUGCUUGUCUCAGGAUAUUCCGGUAAUCCAGAUGCCAAACGUCUCUAUGAUGACCUCCUUUCAAAUUACAAUAAAUUGGUACGUCCCGUUGUCAAUGUCAGCGAUGCCCUUCAAGUCAAGAUUAAGCUCAAGUUAUCUCAACUCAUUGAUGUUAAUCUCAAGAAUCAAAUUAUGACAACGAAUCUUUGGGUUGAGCAGGUGAGCAUACUGCAACAAACUAAUAUUUUUUUAUCAGUGCAUAUCAUGUUGGCUUUCAAAUUUCAUUUUCUACGUUUACAGACAUGGUAUGACUAUAAACUUCAAUGGGACCCAAAGGAAUACGGUGGCGUUGAGAUGCUACAUGUACCUUCCGAUCAUAUUUGGAGGCCAGAUAUUGUCCUCUACAACAAUGCCGAUGGCAACUUCGAGGUAACACUGGCUACAAAAGCGACUCUGAACUAUACAGGGCGUGUAGAAUGGCGUCCUCCCGCUAUUUACAAAUCAUCAUGCGAAAUUGACGUCGAAUUUUUUCCAUUUGACGAACAAACAUGCGUUAUGAAGUUCGGUUCUUGGACUUACGAUGGAUUUCAGGUAGACCUUCGACACAUGGAUGAGAUGAAAGGAUCGAACGUUGUGGAUAUUGGUAUCGAUUUGACGGAGUUUUACACGUCUGUGGAAUGGGAUAUUUUGGAGAUACCGGCUGUAAGGAACGAAAAAUUUUACACUUGCUGUGAUGAACCCUACCUUGAUAUCACUUUUAACAUAACGAUGCGAAGGAAGACCCUUUUUUACACCGUCAACUUGAUUAUUCCUUGUAUGGGUAUAUCUUUCCUCACCGUUCUCGUGUUCUACCUACCAUCUGACAGCGGGGAAAAGGUCAGUUUAUCCAUAUCUAUUUUAUUGUCCUUGACUGUGUUCUUCCUAUUGCUGGCUGAAAUAAUCCCCCCAACUUCGUUGGUUGUCCCACUCCUUGGGAAAUUCGUCCUUUUCACAAUGAUUCUAGAUACAUUCAGCAUAUGCGUGACAGUGGUGGUUCUGAAUGUACAUUUUCGCUCUCCGCAAACACAUAUAAUGGCACCAUGGGUGAAAAGAGUGUUCAUUCAUAUCCUUCCUAGGCUACUAGUUAUGAGAAGGCCUCAUUACCAAGUAGACAGAAGAACGAUAACAUCUAACCCACGAAGAGUAAUGAUAAGAACCUGUAACGGCCUAGAGCUUAGAGAACCUGGAAUGUUUUGCGACUCUGAAUAUUUAGAAGAAAUUGACAUUUUUCCCGGUACUGGCUCAACAGAUGAACUCACACCAAGAGAACUGGAGGCUAGUAGCUUGACUCAGUGUCGAAUACACGGCAUGACUCCUCCACCAAAUCUUGCCUUUCAUAUAAGCGAACAAAAUAUGGAGCAAGAUAUUCUCCUAGGUGGUGCCUGCCUAAAGGACAACUCGAGUUGUACGUCCGAUAUUUGGCAUCACUGUCCAGAAGUGCACAAAGCGAUAGAUGGCGUGAGGUUCAUAGCUGAUCACACCAGAAGAGAAGAAGAGUCGACCAAGGUAAAGGAGGAUUGGAAAUAUGUAGCAAUGGUACUGGAUCGUCUAUUUUUAUGGAUUUUUACCCUUGCAGUACUCGUUGGGACAGCAGGAAUCAUUCUCCAAGCUCCAACAUUAUAUGAUACAAGAGUACCAAUCGAUUUAAGAUUAUCGGAAAUUGCCACAACAACAGGAAAGCCUCACGUUGUCUCUUAUCUCUGAAGGGAUUCAAGAGAUUUAUCCGCUACUUCAAGUUUUUGAUGUUGACAUGUUGACUUGAUAGUUUGAAAACACGAAUGCCCAAGUUAAUGCCGAAAGUCCUAGUGCUACUUUGAUAAUUUAGAAUGCCAGUGCUCUAAUUCGAAGAAAUAAUAAAGAUUCGCAAAAAUACAUCUUGAUCUGAUUUUUAUAAUUACCUAAUCUGGAAUCAUAGAUUAUAUCGAUUCACAUAAAGACUCUUUUUCUUCAGAAUAAUUCAUGCAAAAUAUUGAAUUUUUAGUCUUUUCGAAUAAUCUAUACUUCCUAAUAGUAAUCAAAGAUGUUGUUUCAUAUAUUUUAGUCUAUAUAUUGUAUAGUAGUCUUAUAACAUUUUUUAAUCUCCCCACUGGAAGCACAAGAAGAAAUUUUCUAUUGUCUGAAUCCGUCUUUAAUAAUUGUGUUCGAAUUCCACUUAGCAAAUAAAUAUUAUGAAACAUUGUAAUAUGAAUUAAA